CAGCACUGGUGGGUGGGCACAGGUGGGUGGCACUGGUGGGCACAGGUGGGUGGGCACAGGUGGGUGGCACUGCUGGGCACAUGUAGGUGGCACUUCUGGGCACAGGUAGGUGGCACUGCAGAGUGGCACAGGUGGAUGCACUGCUGGGCACAGGUGGGGGCACUGCUGGGCACAGGUGGGUGCACUGCUGGGCACGGGGUGGGCGGAGCUAGUGGGCGCACUGCUGGGCGGAACUUGCGGGUGUCACUGCUGGGCACCGAUCAUCAGGGCACUGAUCAUCACAUGUCAUUGGACACCGCU